AUGGACAUCGAUCUGGAUGGUGCUUCAGGAAUCCAAUACAAUUCCGAGUCGCCAGCCAACGAAUCUUCAUCCGAACUUCCAUCAGCACCUAGUCCUGAUGUCUCAUUCCAGCAGUUUGCUCAGCUCGGUGAUAACCACCUAGCACCGAAACAAAGCGAUCACCAGUAUCUCGGCGAACUGUCUUACGAACUCCGUCAACAAGGUCUUGUCUACCUACAUGACCAAUUGGACAAGAUGCAGCGCCAAGUUUCUCCAAAAUAUGGGCUUCUGCUUGACAAUAACGCACUCAACAAGCUGACGCAUGAUAUUGAAAGCAACGUCCUGCACAAUAUACACUCAGAAGUUAUGUCACUGCCUAAUCCACCCAACAAAGACUGGCUUGACCAAAAAUACAAGCUCGGUGUUCAAGCCGAGCAUAUAGCUUUGGGAGAGGAGCAGAGGUUCUUAGCGAGAGUCAGGGAUGAGGAGAUGGACAACGCCGAGGAAACCUCCAUCCCAGUUCAGGUCAACUCGAUAGAUGCGCCGCUCACCCAAGAAGAGCUUAACAUCAAUCAGCCUCUGAGCGCCCCACCUUCGCUGAAUGGUUUUCCUCACAAAAAAACGCGUGGACUUCAUGCAUCGCUUGUUUUGGACCAUGAAGCGCAAGAACCACGAAGCGGCAGCGAAAUUCAAAGAACGCUUGCUACCAUCUGA